CUCUACUCAUUUCGGUGGUCAAAUUGCAGAAGUAGAGAGAGAAUGCAUGAGCUUCUUCCAUGAAAGUUUAGAGAGAGAAAAAGAAAAAUAAGCAAAAUCUGUCAAAAUUACAUUUCUAUCUCAAAGUGCCUUCACAAAAGUUGUUCCUAUCAUCAAGAGGAACAUUUCUAUGAUUUUUCGAGAGGAUGAGUUUGAAAUGGCAUAGAUGGAAGAAGUCGUGAAAAAAGCAAGAAUAAGUUAAUGCAUUGAGAAGAGGGAUAACCUUCGGCACCAUUUGGGUUGGCAACUUAACCAUAGACUUGGGAGAUAUCGGAUAUCACAACGCCCAAAUGAAAUCGAUGGACCUAUCAAAACAUCAGCUUUAAACCUUAACUUCACCGUUGCGAUUAUCGCAGCUAUCUUAUGGCGAUUCAAGUGGCCUCACCAUCGUCCUUCAGCUUCACCAGUGAAACCAGCAGGUAUAGAUAUGAAUAUGAUGUUUUUCUGAGUUUCAGAGGCGAAGAUACUCGAAACUCCUUCACCGUGCCUCUCUACAAUGCUUUGCGCCGUAAGGGAAUCAACGCCUUCAUUGACGACAAGAGACUUGGCAAAGGGGAAGAGAUCUCUCCUACGCUUCUCAAAGCCAUAGAGAGAUCCAGGAUUUCCAUUAUUGUCUUCUCUACCAACUACGCUACUUCCACAUGGUGCCUCGAGGAACUCGCCCACAUCGUUUGGUGUAGGAAGCAGAAGAACCAGCUGGUGAUGCCGAUCUUCUACAAGGUGGAUCCGUUGGAUGUUCAGUAUCAGAGAAAUAGCUUUGAGGAAGCCAUGGCUGCUCAUGAAGUUAGGUUCAGAGAUGACUUACAGAAAGUGCGAAACUGGAGGUCUGCUCUGUCUGAAGCUGCGAGCUUAUCAUCAGCAUGGCUUUUUGACGAUGGGUAUGAGUUGGGAUUUAUUGAAAGGAUUGUCGAAGAUGCAUAUACUUUGCUGCCUCCUAAGCGCUACCAUAACACUGAUCAUAUGGUUGGACUUGAGCCUCGUAUUGAGGAGGUGAUGUCACUUCUAAAUAAAUCUGAUGAUCGUGUUUGUAUGUUCGGGAUUCAUGGAACUGGUGGAGUUGGCAAAACAACGAUUGCCAAAGCUAUCUAUAAUUCAAUCUUUUACCAAUUUGAAGGUUCAUGUUUUUUGUUUGAUGUGAAAGAAGCAUCAAAGAAGUAUCAGGGCAUAGUUCGCCUUCAACAGACACUUUUAUCGGAGAUUCUUGAAGAGAAGAAGAUGAAGUUUGGUAGUGUUGAUGAAGGAAUCUCAAACAUAAAACACAGACUCUCUUGCAAAAAGGUCUUGUUGGUUCUUGAUGAUGUGGAUGAGGUUGAACAAUUAGAACAACUUUCUGGCGGGUGCGAUUGGUUUGGAUCUGGAAGCAAGAUCAUUAUAACAACAAGAAAUAAGCAAUUGCUAAUUUCAUGUAAUGUUAAAAUAACAUAUGAAAUGAAGAAGCUAAAUCAGCUUUACUCUCUUGAACUUUUUUGCUGGUUUGCCUUUGGUACCAGCCAACCUAAGAAAGGCUAUAAAAACAUGUCGAUUCAUGUUAUAAGGUAUGUGCAUGGUCUUCCUCUGGCUUUAAAAUUAAUAGGCUCCAAUUUGGCAAAUAAAAGCAUUGAGGAAUGGAGAUCUAUAUUGAAGCAAUACGAUGAGAUCCCAGAAGGAACAAUUCAUCAUGUAUUGAAGAUAAGCUAUGACUGCUUACAAGACGGUGCUAAGCAUAUCUUCUUAGAUAUUGCUUGUUUCUUUAAGGAGGAGAAAUUUGAAUACGUUGAAGCAAUACUGGAAGCUUGUCAUAGUGGGGCAAGGUUUUAUAUUGAAGUUCUUGUUGAUAAAUCUCUGAUAACUGUUCUUGAUAAUGGUUACUUGUACAUGCACGAUCUAGUACAGCAUAUGGGUAGAGAGAUAGUUAGGCAAAAAGCACCAUAUGAUCCAGGUGAACGCGGCAGAUUAUGGUAUCACAAAGAUGUUCUCAAAGUAUUGCGUGAAAAUUUAGGAGGCAGGAAUAUUGAAGGAAUAAUUCUUGAUCCACCUCAGCAAGAAGAAGUGGAGUGGAAUGGUUUAGCAUUUGAAAAGAUGAUUAAUCUUAGAAUUCUUAUUGUUCGCAAUACCCAAUUUUCAGCAAGUCCAAAAUAUCUUCCAAAUAGUUUAGUCUUACUUGAUUGGCAGGGAUAUCCUUCCAAGACUUUACCACUAGACUUUUCUCCCCGAAAACUAAUUUGCUUCAAGAUAUCCGGAAGUCCUUUCAGAUUGGAGGACCCAUUCAAGAAGUUUGAAUAUGUGACAUAUAUGGAUUUCUCGAAGUGUGAAUUCAUAACAGAAGUACCUGAGAUGUCUCGAUUUCAAAAUUUGAAAGAAUUGAGCUUUAGUGAAUGUCACAAUCUGAUCAAAGUUCAUGAUUCAGUAGGAUCUCUACGUAAGCUUGUCGAAUUAGACGUUAGCAAAUGCAUCAAACUUGCAAGCUUUCCACAUGAAAUCAAGAUGCCAUCUCUUCAAGUUCUUAAUCUCAAUGAUUGCAAGAGUCUUGACGACUUCCCACACAUUGUGGGAAAAAUGGAUCAACUGAUGUAUAUUUAUGCAGAAGGCACUGCAAUUAAUGAGCUCCCAUCUUCAAUUGGAAAUCUUCCAAGGCUUGACAUUUUGAGUUUAAGAUCCUGCAAAAGUCUUAGGGAGCUUCCAAACAGUUUAUUGACAUUGCAUAAUCUUGGAGUGCUUCUAUUAGGAGGUCUAAAACCUCAUGGGAGAAAAUCUUUGAAGAAAUUAUUGCAAGAGAGCCAACCAUCAAUUGUUAGCUGCACGAAAUUAGAUCGCCUGGAUCUCCAUAAUUGUGGUCUGUUGGAUGAGGAUCUUCACCUAACUCUGAAAUGUUUUCAGAAUGUGAGAGACUUGAAUCUGUCAGGGAAUGAUUUAGUGUCAUUUCCUGAGUGUAUUAAGGAGUGUGUUCAUUUGUGGAAACUAGAAGUGAGUAACUGCAAGAGACUCAGAGAUAUUACAGAGCUUCCAUCAAGUUUAGGGGACAUAACGGCAGAGAAUUGCACAUCAUUAACCGUGGAGUCUUCAGGCCAUUUGUGGUCUCAGGCCACGAAGUGCCAUCGCAUGGCAAUCUGGAUGCCAGCAACAACAUAUCCUGAUUGGUUCAACCAUUGCUGUCAAGGAGGGACGUUGUCUUUUCGUGUUCAUGGCAGAAAUUUCCCUCGUGUUGUCAUCGCAUUUGAGACAGGGAAGACUAAUAUAAAUAAGAGAUACAGUUUUCAGGUGUUCAUGAACAUCAAUGGCAGUAGCAAAAUGCCAUGGAUGCAAAGUGAUUUUCCAAUCGAAGCUGAAGGAGGUCGUGUUUUGGUUUCUCUUGGUAAACAAGGUCAUGUGUUUUUCUCUGAUCUACUCGGCGAAUUUUCAGAACAAGAGUUAGAGGGGCUUAAUAAGUCUCUGGAAUUGGAUUGGAACGAUGUGGAAAUUCAAGUUACAUGUCGUACAGAUGAUAUAGACAUAGUUAAUUGUGGAGUUUAUGUCGACAAGCAGCAAACAGACAUGGAGAAUGUCCAGUUCACGUCUUCUAGAACUUCACUGAAACGAAGAGCGAUAGCUUCUGUUCCUAACGAACCACCCAAGAAGCUCCUGAGAAAGUCCAAGGCUAGUGAUAAAAGAAACAUCAAUAACACAAAGAAAAGGACAAGGAGGAGAAAGAUGUUUUUACCAAUGGGUAAGAUUCUCUGGAGAUUUUUGUAUCCUUAGGUAUCAAAUAUUCAUUCCCAUGAGUCAAUUAAUUUCAAGGGUUAAAUGACAAAUUCACCUCUAAAUUAUAGGUUCAGAAACAUUGAGAAUUCUAAACUCAUUUUUGGUGCAAUGUUUUCUUUCAACUUUUAAAAAUGGUGCAAUAUAAUCUUCCUACCAUUAACAGGAGUUAACUUUAAUAAUUAUUUGCUAGAAAAUGACAUAAAAAAUCAUAGAAAAUGACAAAAAAAUUAUAUACAAAGAUCUAAAAAUUACAAAAAAAGACUAAGAAAAUUUUAUUGAUUAUUUUUUUUCUUUCAUUUUCUAAUCAACUAACAUACAAAGUUAAAUUUUGUUAAUGGUAGAGGCUUCAAUUGUUAACUUUAAAGUCUCAGAUGUUCUUGGAUUUAUAGUUUAGAGGUGAAUUUGCUUUUUAUCCUAAUUUCAAUGUGAAUUACAAAUAGAUGAAGGCGUGAUGGCAGUGAAGCAGUUUCUUCUCCUCUCUCUAUUGUCUUUCUCUUCUGCUGUCCUUUUCCCUUGAAUUAUGUGACUGAAACUUUAGUAUUUGAUUUAAUAGCAAUAUUGAGUGGUUGUAAUUUUCUGAUUUUAUCAGCCUUGACAGAAAUAUUCAGUUGUGAUCGUGACAAUAUGUAUUGGCGAAACAGAACAUAAAAUAUAUUAAAUCAUUUGAGCCCCAA